AAUACUACAAAUAAAACUGGCUAUGGGAAGUGGGAAUAAUCAGUGCGUUCUACUCUCAGUUACCUACUUGACAAUCGUCGAACACAAUUUAACACUAAUAAAUAAUAUUCAUCACAAAUAAAAAAACGAAUUAAACAACCAUACUGGGUGUACUCUUUAGUCUUCACAUUAUGUACCGGGAAAUACUGAAGGCAGAUAGUAAAGUAAAACGUCCUGACAACCCGAGGAGUAAUGCAAAUAUUUUUGAAAUCAUCACAUAUAGCUGGAUGUCAAACCUAUUCGAAAUAGGACGACAUAGGGAUUUAGUUGAAACAGAUUUGUAUACGACAUUAGACGAUCACACAGCAUCAGUAUUAGGCGACCAAUUAGAAAAGACAUGGAGAUCGGAGUUAGCCAAUGCAUAUUCAGUGAAUCGAAAGCCGACAUUGUUAAGAGCUUUGAUCCGAAUGUUUGGUGCAAAAUAUAUGUUUCUCGGAUUUGUAAUUUGCAUACUUGAAGUUAUUUUUAAAAUAUCUCAACCUAUAUUAAUUGGUGAACUAUUGGAAUACUUCAAUCCCGAUAAAACCAAAAAUGCUGACAUAAUAUAUACAUACAUAUGCGCAUCUGGUUUAAUAUUUAGCUUAUUUAUAACAACAAAUUUACACUAUUUAACGGAUCAAGAAGUUUUAAACGAAGCAUUGAAGGCACGAGUUGCAUGUUGUUCUAUAAUUUACAGAAAGGCAUUAUUUCUGAGUAAUAAAGCUCUUGAUGAAACCACUGUUGGUCAAAUGAUAAAUUUGAUAUCGAACGACGUAAAUCAAUUCGACGUAUCAUUACAUAAAUUACAUUAUUUGUGGAUUGGACCUCUGCAAACGAUAGUGGUUACUUAUUUAUUGUGGCAGGAAAUUGGAGUGUCAUCAUUAAUUGGAAUAGCUGCAUUUUUUUUUUUUAUUCCAUUACAAGGUUGGAUGGGCAAAAAAAUGUCUGAAAUCUAUUUAAAGACGGCGAAGAAGACCGAUGAGAGAAUACGUCUAAUGAAUGAAAUCAUUUUGGGAAUACAAGUGAUCAAAAUGUACACGUGGGAAAAACCUUUUAGUAAACUUAUAGAAUAUGUGCGGAAGCUGGAAGUUGAACAGAUUAAAGGAUCGACAUUUAUCAAAUUAAUGUCUGUAUCGUUUAAAAUAUUUCAAGUAAAAUUUCAAUUAUUUAUCAGUAUCAUAUUGUAUAUUUCACUUGGAAAUCAAAUAUCUGUGCACAAAGUUUAUGUUCUUACAUCAUUAUACACUAUAUUGCAUUUUUCAAUGGCAGUAAGGUUCUGUGCUAGUUUGUUGUACAUUGGUGAAUUGAUUGCAUCCAUUAAACGCAUCGAGAACUUCUUAUUACUUGAGGAGAAAGAUCAAAUACCAAAAUGCUGUUCGAAAUCUGACACACUAGUGGAAAAUGAUGUUAUUCAAUCACUAAUUGCUGAUGACAAUACUAAAAACGACUGUACAGAUAUGGAAAAUGAAACUGAACUUGAUAAAGAUAAUGGUAUAGUUAUUUUAAAUGCAACUGCAAAAUGGACAGAUGAUCAAAAUAGUAACACAUUAGAAAAAAUCAAUUUAACCGUAAUACCUGGACGAUUGCUUGCAGUUAUUGGACCAGUAGGAGCCGGAAAGAGUUCAUUAAUACAUGCAAUUUUGCGGGAAUUGCCCAUUUUGGAAGGCAGAAUUUCUGUGAAUGGUGUGGUAUCUUAUGCAGCACAGGAACCAUGGAUAUUUUCUGGGUCUGUUAGACAAAAUAUUUUAUUUGGAUCGCCAAUGGACAAAGAGCGAUUCAAACAAGUUAUUGAUGUAUGUGCAUUAAAAAGCGAUCUUGAUCAAUUUCCACUUGGCGAUGAGACGGUAGUGGGAGAAAGAGGAAUAACCUUAAGUGGAGGACAAAGAGCUAGAAUUAAUUUAGCGAGAGCGGUGUACAAACAAGCAGAUAUUUACUUACUCGAUGAUCCGCUUUCAGCUGUUGAUGUUAGAGUUGGCAAGCAUUUAUUUGAAAAAUGCAUUUUAGACUAUCUAAAAACAAAAACAUGUAUUCUUAUUACGCACCAAGUACAAUAUUUAUCUGACGUUGAUCAAAUUGUUCUAAUGGAGAAUGGUAAUAUAGUAAGUGAAGGAUCUUAUCAAGAUCUAAAAUCUUGCAAUUUUGACUUUGCCAAUUUACUUGGAUCUUCCAACGAUAAUAAUAUUGAAAAUGGAACUGAAACAACUACUAUAAAAAAUAAUAGUGCCCAAUCACUCGUGGUUUCUCCUCUGCUUGGACCCAACAACAGAAUUAUAACAUCUAAAUACGAGAAUCAAAAUGGUGAUGGCAAAUUAUCAAAACCUAAAAAAAUAUCAGAGAUCCAGUCUUACAAAUGUAAUUUCAAGAGUAUAUUUACAUCAUACGUUAUGGCUGGUGGAAGAAUACAUAACAUACUGUUAGGUAUUUUUUUCUGCAUUUUUACUCAAGUACUAACUACGAGUGGAGAUUUCUGGCUUAGCAUUUGGGUAAAUCAGGAAGAAUUUAAAUAUCAUAAAUUAUUGAAUAUUUCAUGCUGUAGUAACAAUACAUCAGCGACUCGUGAUAAAUAUAGUUCAUCAUUAUUGAUCUCAAAAUUCCAGAGAUAUUUUCUUAUGAUUUAUGUCUUAUUAACGAUUUUCCUGAUAGUAUCGGUUAUCAUCAGAUCUGCAAUUUUCGUCAAAAUGACUACAAACGCUUCAAUAAAUUUACACAAUCAAAUGUUCUAUUCCAUUAUAAGAACCCCCAUGUUUUUUUUCAAUACAAAUACUUCAGGACAGAUAUUGAACAGAUUUUCUAAAGACAUGUCAGCGGUGGAUAAAAACUUACCAAAUAUUUAUUUUGAAUGCAUACAAGUUGCUUUAUUAAGUUUGGGAAGUGUAUUUAUUGUUGUUUUCACUAGUUUAUAUUAUCUUUCAAUACCGACCAUUAUCGCGGGAAUUAUCAUUUACAAACUAAAAUAUUUUCAUCUCAAUACAUCGCAAAGUGUACAACGGUUAGAAGGAGAAACGCGAAGUCCUGUAUUAGCUCAUAUGAAUGCGUCAUUACAAGGUUUAACAACAAUUAGAGCAUUUAAAGUAGAGGAUAUUUUAUCUCGAGAAUUUGAUAAACAUCAAGAUUUACAUUCCUCUGCUUCACAUUUGAGUACUUGUUUAAGUCUUGGAUUCGGAUUUUGGUUGGACAUAAUCUGUAUUAUUUAUUUGAGUGUUGUGAUAUCCUGCUUUUUAGUAAUUGACAACAACGUCCUCGGUGGAAGUGUUGGUCUAGCUCUUACACAAGUGAUUACAUUGAUAGGUAGAAUCGAAUUCGGAGUACAACUAACAACAUUUUUAGAAAACCAAAUGAUAAACGUUGAAAGAAUAUUAGAAUAUACACAUUUACCAAUAGAAGAAACUCUUCAAUCUUCUACUAAAAAACCGAAACCAAAAGGAUGGCCUUAUUCCGGAAAAAUCGUAUUCGAACAUUUUAAUUUGCGUUACAGCCCAGAUUCGCCAUAUGUAUUAAAAGAUCUAAACGUUCAAAUUCAGACAAUGGAAAAAAUAGGUAUUGUUGGUAGGACUGGUGCAGGUAAAUCAUCCUUUAUCGGAGCAUUGUUUAGAUUAGCUCUGAAUGAAGGUAAAAUCAUCAUUGAUGGCGUAGAUAUACACGAAUUAGAACUCAAAGACCUCAGAUCUAAGUUGUCUAUUAUUCCUCAAGAACCUGUACUGUUUUCCGGAACGAUGCGAACAAACUUAGAUCCAUUUGACGAAUACCCGGAUCAUGCUCUUUGGAAUGCUCUAGAUGAAGUAGAACUCAAAGACUAUAUAGAGGACUUGCCCGACGGUUUAAACUCAAAAAUGUCAGCGAGUGGUUCGAAUUUCAGUGUUGGACAAAGGCAAUUAGUUUGUUUGGCUAGAGCAAUAGUACAAAAAAAUAAGAUCCUGAUAUUGGACGAGGCUACUGCCAAUGUUGAUCCGCUGACUGAUAAGUUGAUUCAAAAUACAAUUAGGAAUAAAUUUAGGUAUUGCACUGUACUAACAAUUGCUCACCGUUUAAAUACUAUUAUGGACUCUGACAAAGUAUUAGUAAUGGAUUUUGGAAAAAUAAUUGAAUUUGACCAUCCAUAUAGAUUGUUGAAAAACAUUAAUGGAUUUUUCUACAAAAUGGUUGAACAGACGGGAAAGGAUACGGCUUACCUUUUACAUAAUGUGGCAUCUGAGAGUUUUAAAAAAGCCAAGCCUCAAGUUAAUGAAGAAAUCUAACAGCAAUUAAAUUACCUAUUGAAGAAGUCAGAGUAUUCUAUUUACUGUUGUAUUCAAUCACAACUAUAUUAUUAUUAUAUACAGUGAUGUAGGUUUGUAUAAUGUCGUAAUAUGGGUGCAUGGUAUUAUACACGCUGCAUAUAUUUAUUUCAUACUAUAGUGUUUUACAACAAGUAUUAUUUGUAUAGAAUUAUUUACAAAAUUGUUAUUUAAUAUCUCAUUUCUCACUGUUCACUGACUAUAUUGCUUUUCAUAAAAAUUGUUUUAAUUCCUCUAAUUGUUGUCAUUAACUUUCAAGGUUGAAACGGCAAAUGGAUGAGGGAUGAUUAAUCAAUUUAAAAUGUUGUAUUUAUUUUAAGCCUUCAUUACAUUUCAAAUCAUUUAAAACUGUACAAUAGUAUCUGCUCAUUAAAUAAUAUUAUUUUUAAGUAAAUGGUAAAUGAGAUAUACCAACUAUAUAGUUAUAAUAACUACUUAAUGUUUGUAAUGGUUUAUAGAUGUUUUAAAAUUAAAAAAAACGGAAGCCAGUCUUGGUAAUAA